UCUGUCAAAAGCCUUUGUUCCAAGUGUACUUAUUCAAAAGCCAGGAUGCCAGCCGCCAGAGCAACGUAUGGCGAAGGAGUGCAGAAAGUUCCAGCUGAUGCACCUGUCGAGGAUGUCAUUGCGUUGCUCAAGCGUGAUGGUGGCGUGUUCAUAAAAGGUCUUGUGAGUGAGGCAGACGUCGACCAAGCCUACGACGACUGCCGUGAACGAAUGGACAAUGACAAAGUCUGGGAAGGGAAAUUCUUCCCCAAGGAAACACAGCGAGCCCCCGGCCUACUGGGACUCAGUCCAACAUAUGCGCGGACUCAGGUGAUGAAUCCCGUGUACAGAGCGGUUUGUGAUCACUUUCUGACCACUCGGACCUGGAACUGGUGGGGAGAUGAGUUCAAAGAGUCCGUAUCUAAGCCCUACGUGCACUCAUGCACGGCAAUGAGGAUCGGACCGGGUGGCAAGGCACAGCCUCUGCACCGCGACGACUAUAUCGGCCACAAUAUCCUAGCAGAAGUCGACAGCUGGGAUGACGAGCGAGAUGUGAAUCGUGAAACAGCUAUCGGAAUGUUCGUUGCUGGCAGCACAGUGACGAAGGCCAAUGGGGGCACACAGUUCAUUCCUGGCAGCCACCUGUGGGGAAGCCAUCGCAAGACACCUCCUGAUGUCAACCUAUGCGAAUAUGCAGACAUGGAAAAGGGCGAUGCUUUUAUCAUGUUGGCAUCCUGCUUCCACGGCGGAGGCACCAACAGCACAACAGACGAGUAUCGAAUGAUAUUCUCGACAUUCGUGACUCGAGGUUACUUACGGCAGGAAGAGAAUCAGUUCCUGGCUGUUCCACAGGAAGUGGCUGGGAAACUUGAUCGAGACAUCCAAGAAUACAUGGGCUAUUCUUUGUCUGACCCUGCUUGUGGGACGGUUGAGCAGGUUGACCCCAUCUAUGUUUUGUAUCCGGACCAGGGCGCCGUUGCAAAGUACCAGGAUUUUUGAUGUUGUGCUGUCGCUUGAGAUACGACACUCCUGUAAUUGAGAAGCACAAGAUACUUCAUGGGAUAUUGACCACUCGAGAUGUGAUGGAGUGUAUAAUCGAACGGCCUUGACGGAUCCAGCGUCAAACACUGUAGUCAUCAGAGCAG